UUUCUUCAAGAAGUUGAUGAAUGAAAGAGAUCAGUUGAUGAAUGAAAGAAAUCUAGAGAACAGAUAUUUCACUCUGAAUGCCGCUUCUCUCUCUGUGAUAUCUGUAGCAAUGAAGCUACCCAUGGAUAUAAAUGAUCCGAUGCCUGGUUUUGCGGACCAGGCUGCAAAGUUUGGAAGCAUGGUAUUUAUGAUCACCAUGAUGGCCAACUUAUUGCCUUCUCUCGCAUCCAUGGACGGCAAGGAACUUCUCACAAACAUCAUAGCUUUAGGUGUUUUAGUAAUCACCAUGGUUGUGAAUGUUUGCAUUGAAUUACAAACUGGUGUUCUAAAUUCUUAUAGUUUCGUUAUAGCAACCAUUGAUGUAGUUAUGUUACUCUUGAUGCUUAUGAUAUAUGCAAGUUCAGCUUUAACAAUUCUAAAGGCUAAACAAAUACUAGAGUCAAAAUAUCAAGCUAGUCAUGAAAAAGCAUUGAAUGAGCUAGCUGUGCAACAAACAGGACCACUAAUGAUUGACAAGCUAAAGCAAUAUGUGAAAAUCCAUGGGAUCAUGGCAGUAUCUGGCAGCCCCCAAUUAAUGGUAGCAUGCUCUGCUACAAACUCUGCUGCUGGGGUAAUAUGUGCUAUAAGCACUGUUAUACAUCUUCCUACUAUCAUAUUCAACAGUCAAGAUAUAUGGGAAUGUAAAUCAGAUUAUAAGUGGUCCACUUCAGUAAUCCUUGUAAUGCAACAUAUAGGGGUACUUAUGGCUACAAUUGCCCCUAUUUCUAGAUGUUUUGCAUCCUUAAACUUGAAGUUUUCCACAAAAUGGAUUCGCGGCCAUAUUAACGUCUUUAAAGUAGAGAGCUACUGUACACAAAAGCUAUGUGAUUGGAAACAGAGCACUAUACCACUUUCAUUAAAAAGCCGGAGAUGCAAAAUUGUCAUUCACAAUCUGAAAGUACUAUUUCUUAGUUUUUGUAUAGGAUUUCAGUUGGCAAUUGUGGUAGCAUGCAAGAUGGCAUCAUUUAUCCCAAUACUUUUUGUUAUUUGUGUUUUGUACUUUUGGAAGCGGUUAAAGACCAUGUUUAGUGCCUUAGGUUUUGUGUUGGAAAAAGAGCCUGAACAUAUGCAACAAAACAAAGAUCUAAGCCAAUAUGUUUUGCAACUUCAAGAUGAUGUGGAGUUUGCUGAUAGAACAUUGAAAGUCAUUUCAAAAUCUGUGAACCACUUGAUCCAAAAGGCUGAAAAACAACAACCUACCGAUCUAAUGAAGUUUCUAGAGGGAUCUAGCGGUUUUGAAGGAGUUGGAAUGUAUGACAUGCAUCAAAUUCCAUGUUCAAUUGCAGAUGAAUAUUCAGAUUGUUGGAGCUUAAGGGUGGUAACUCUGACAACCAUUGCAAUUUCUCUUCCUAAUAUCCAAAAAGACAUAGUUGAUAGUUUGUUGAGCAGUGUGAGUGAAGGUCUUGCGUAUGUCACACUUGUUGAAGAAAGUCUCAAUUCUAAUGAUAAUUAUUUAAACCUUCAAAAGGCGUCUAAAAUGAUGUGGCUAGAAGUUGAAGUGUACUACAAAUGGUUAGGAAACAACCUGCAAAACUGUGCUACUCAAGGAAAUUCGGUAGAACAAAUCCUUCAAUGGUUUGUUGAUAUAGCUAAAAAGCUGGUCGUUGAGGUGGAAAAAACAAAUAUUGAUGUCAUAAAUGAUAACUCCAUCUGCAGGUCUAUUUCUGCCAAAUCAAUGUAUUGUAUCACCCAAGCAAUCUUAUGUUCCUACGACGACAACAAAGACAUUGUCAUUAAUGAGGUAAACAAACAAGACUUAUUUAUGCAAUUAUCAUCUAUGAUCUCUGACAUAUUAGCUGCUUGUCUCACCAACUUGCCUCAAGUCAUAGCAUUGAAAUGCCACACAAAUGCAAUAGAGAAAAGGGAGGCGAGUGUUCAUGCUGCAGCCCAACUUCUUGGACAGACUAUGGAGAUAAUCAAUAGCCUUCAAGAUCGUGGACUUCCAAACAUGAAUCCAGCUGAGUUGCCCUUUAUUAACAAGUGGCGUGAUUAUUUUAACCAUCCCAUUCCUUAAAAACCAAUUAUGUUGUUUGAGUUGUAUCAAAGUAAGUUAUAUAAUUAAGACAUGCCAGUAUUUCUUUUCAUUUUGUUGAAGGAUACAGUCAUUUGUUUUUCGUUUCCCUAUGUUAAUUUCCUUUUGCAUCGUGAUACGCAAACGGACUACCUCAACAAUCCAUAUCAAUCACCAGAGCUGCAACUGAAUGAGCAGCAAACAUGGGUCACUUUAUUCUAGCUAGAGAAAUGAUCAUGUUCAAGUUUUGGGCCUUUCAAGGUUACUACAUACAACUUCUAUUAGUUAUUUGUUUACUUAUUUAAUUACCACAUGUUUAUAAUUUAUGGACAAUUAUUUUCAUUUCUAGCACUGUAGGACAAACGUGUAAAGACAGUUAGCCAUUUUUCUAUUUAUGUAAUAUGCUCUUAUGAAUGAA